CUGCACCUUACGCUGCACCUCCACCCAGCACACCUGCUGUUCUCACUACAACUUAUGCAGCAUCUUUACCACUACCUCCAGACCUACAACACCAGCAGCAGUCACGACAUGCAACCACUACAACGGUAACAAGUUCUAACUACUCGAGGCGUCCACCUACAGGCUCAUUGCGACAGCCUGAUGUUGGAAUAUUCUCAAGUCAACGAGACGUCGGAGACCAGGGUUCUAGUUGUAGAAUAUCCUCUCACACAUCCGCCCACACUUCUCAAAGCUCUACUUCUACUCACGAAACAAGAAUACUACAACAUUUACCAAGACGUGUCGCUACAACUUCUAGUUCUAGUGGCUCUCAUUCUCAACAUUCUCAAUCUCAACAAGGAAUCUUACCAAGACGCGCUGCUACACCAUCAGCAAGCACCUCUGCCACACACACCAUGCCCCAAAGAAGAAGUUCAACCGGGAAUGCCCUUGCUUUCAGACUAAUGGAGGACAUGAGAUUGGCCAAUGAACGCAGGAGGGCAGAACGGCGUGCUCAAAGGGAUGGUGAGGCAAUUGUUGGUGGUGGAGCCACAAGUGGUGCAACUACAAAUACGGGGACUACUCCGGGUGGACCUCCUGAGGGCGGUGGCUCAUCUACUGCUUCUGCAAGUGAUACAACUAAAGGUGGAGGAGGGAGAGCAUCACGGCCGAGAAACGCGCCAACCACCACCAGCCUUUGAGGAAAAGGAGAGCAUCACGGCGCAGAAACGCGCCAACCACCACCAGCCUUUGUCUCUGCCCAGAGUCGAAUCCAUAUCAGUUACAUCGAUACAGUACCAGGAAUAUGACAUGAUGUUGAUAUGUUCUUGUCUAUACAGUCGUUGAAAAAUAACUAGAACAAGUAGUUAGUAGUGCAGAUUGUGAAGCAGAAGCGUAAAUAGACAAUCUGUUACAAACGGAACGAUAAAGACAGACGAAGAUGACCGAUUUGAAUUUGGUAUUUUUUUUUUUUGACACCGGUCUAUUGCAUAGAUGAUACCUUCUGCGACUUUCACUUUUGUCGGUUUUAAAAACACACAAAAUAUAAAGUUAAAGGAUUGAUGAUGCAGCUGCCUCACAGAUCGAUGCACCAAGAAACACGGUUCGCACGUACAACAUAUUCUCACAAAUUUAGACUUGCAAAAACAUCUGAUGAUGUCGGACGCAUAUGCUGCGGAGGUCAGUAAAUAUUUAUAGGGUCGUUACUCGUAUUUCGUAGAUGGAUUAGACCGCAUGUGAAGAAGGAUCAACGUCGUCAACCCAUAGUGCGCUAAAAAAGGAGACUUCAAUAUCUAUAUCCGACGACUGGAAUCCUUGAUGAUCAUGCUUGCUGGGUUGUACAAGGGGACAGAUAGGACGAUCCACAAUGAUGAUGACAUUCUUGCAAACACCUACUAGUUAGAUCUGAUCUACUACAUCGCGCCUAAAAACAUGACCAGCGACAACUACAAGGAUAAUUGGCAGCUGCAUCUCAAGUUAUGCAUUUGUGUCGUGUUGAUAGUACGACGGGGAAAUUACGUUCUUGUGGAUGACGCAGGCGCAGCAUAGGGCGAAAAGACGGAAUCUGAGUGCUAAGCUUAUGCAGAGCUUCUAAAAU